CAGCCAAGUCUCUGCCAUCCGCAUCAAAUUUCUUGCGGCAAUAAGGACAGGGGGAGCGCACUGCUGCGCGUGUGUAUGUGAAAGAGCGAGUGUGUGAAGCAGUUUGAAAGCAGAGGGCGAAGGAGCUGUACCGACCUGAGGCGGACUGAAGAGAGUGCAAAGACAUAAAGCUACGCGACGUGAAAGAAAGCCGAUAAGAGGCAACUAUGGAAAGAACGAUGUCGGGGCUUCUAGCGGUUUGCUGCACCUUGCUAUUGCUGCAGGUGUGUUUGGCUUCAGUCACGGUGAAGGUGACCCCAAAGGUGGAGGUGAUUAAAGGAGAGCAAGUCAAGCUGCCCUGCAGCUACACCACUUCUGAACCCCCAAGCCAGAUAGUGGUCCAGUGGCACAUAGAGACUUCAAGUGGAAGGAAGCAAAUAGCUUACAAGACUGACAAAGAUUCUGGCAUUGAUGCUGGCACACCGUUGGCAGACCGUGUAACCAUAGGAGAUGACUUUUCCCUCACCAUCUCCCCAGUCAUGGUGGAGGAUGAGAGGAGCUUUUUCUGCCAAGUGGUCGGAGGACCUGUGGGGACCUCUGAGGCUGAGUCCCAGGUCAAGGUUUUCUAUGCUCCAGAGAAGCCAGUGAUUACUGGCAAUAAUCAUGCCAUCACAGUCAGUAAUGACACUGUCUCUUCCUCUGAGGUGGGUAGAUGCACCAGCAGGAAUGCUUACCCUCAGCCUCGUAUUAUCUGGUUUAAGGACAACACCCCUCUGCCUGAAGUGAAAGACCAAAGGGAAAAAACAUACAUGAUACUUCGUGUAGUGAAGGAAGCCUCAGGCCUGUACACCGUGACCAGCUCUCUGUUCAUGCAGCCAGUAAAAGCAGAUGCGAAAUCUGCAUUCCACUGCACAGUGGAGUACAGCAUGCCAAACAAUCAGAUCAAACAGGAGAGCUCCGAUAAGUUCAAACUCACGUUGCUCUAUUCAACGGAGAAUGUGUUCUUCAAACUCCUGAAUCAGGGGCCAAUCAAAGAGGGGGAUGAGGUAAAGAUGGAGUGCAAGACUGAUGGAAACCCUCAGCCUGAGUUGGAUUUUUAUAAAGAGAAAAAACAGCUAAAGGGCUCUGAAGGCACCUUAACAUUGAAGAGCGUGACUCGGGAGGAUGCUGGAAACUAUACAUGUGAAGCUCUCGACUUUGAUGCACUACCAGAGGUUGAACUUUCCAAGACGCUGAGCUUCAAUGUGCACUAUCUUGACCCUGUGGUAGUUGCUCCAGAAGGUCCUAAGCUAGCUUCUCAGGGAGAUGUUGUGGAGUUUCAAUGUAAGACCAAGUCUUUAGACGAAUACACCCUGCAGUGGAAAAAGGACUCUAAGGUGCUGUCACAGACGGGUGUGUUGAGUCUGCAGUCAGUUUCUUUGGCUGACGCUGGUGUGUAUGUAUGUGUCGGAGCUGUACCCUCUGUGCCAGGUCUCCAAAAACAAGCCAGCUUCAACCUUACCGUCUCAGGUAAACCUGAGAUUGAUGCUCCAGUGAAUGGUUUGGUUGCUAAGGAGGGAGGAAUGGUUACUCUUAACUGCUCUGCUCUUGGUUAUCCCGCUCCACAGUUCACCUGGACACCCUCUGGCAAAGAGUCAGUGACAGUAGUGGGGAAUAAGGUGAUCAGCACAGUCACUCUUGUUGCCACGGCUGCUGUUCUGAAGGAUGGUGUCACGUGUGAAGCUUCUAACCAGCAUGGAAUAGACAGCAAGAAGUAUAAAGUGUCCUUGAAAUCAGAUCCAGUGACAGACGCAGUAGACAAUACCGCUAACCGAGGAAACCCCGUGUUUAAAACAGCGGAAAAACAGCAGGGAGGUUCAAGCGCAGUCGUGAUUGCCGUGGUGGUGUGCGUUCUACUGCUCCUUCUGUUGGUGGCUCUGCUCUUUGUCCUCAGUAAGAAAGGCAAACUGAGCUGCGGGAAGAAGGACAAGAAGGAUGUAGCAUCUGGGGAGGUAAAAGGUGGUAUUGUGGUGGAGAUGACAAACAAUGACAAAGGCAACGAGGACUCCAAUCUGCUAAAAAAACCUACUGCAGAAUAGUGUUAAAGAGAGAGACACAGAAAAGAGAUAUAGAAGAACAAGAUUGCCAGAGGAGGAGGGGAUGAAGUGGUGGAAUUAAGAGUGCUCUUUUCCUUUCAAGAAAAUCAAGCCUGAUGGAGAAGAGAAAAGAUGAAUUCAUUUUAGCUGUACAGUUUUCUUUUGAGGGGUGGGGGAGGGUUGUAGGAUGGGCUAUGAUUUUUUUUUUAUUUUUUUUUUUUUACUGAAGGUGGGUUUCAAUUUAGAGGAGGGGGAGGGGUAAUAAAUGUAAAUCUGGCAUAAUUUUGGUAUGUGUACCUCCUGUGUAUGAUUAUAAUCAGGAUAAUUUUUGUCCAUUAAGAAUGACUGAGCAAUAGAACUCUAUGGAAAAGAGCACAAAACAAUGCCGUUCAGUGUGAGUCCACCCCAAAACAAAUACAAAAAAAGUCAGUCACUGUGGACACUGGAUGUUGCUUUACUGUGCUGCACCCUGGUUUUGACUGUUAGAGCAUGGUGUUGCAUGGUGCAGUAUAGCCUCCUGUUGCAUUACAGAAUGCACUUAGCCUACAGUCUAAAUGUUUGAUUCUGCUCAUCUGAACUGCAUACAUGCCAAUAUUUUCAGUUGCAGACCUAACAGAACUUUAGUCGUUUUGGUCAAGAUAUGCAUGGAACAUAUGGAUAUGCCCUCACACUGCAAGUACACACAAAUUAAAUUGUCAAGCUCUGUCAUUCAUAUUUGCCUUUGUAUAGCCCAGUAUUCAAAUUUUUGCCUCAGAUAUUUAGACCAUGCUCUGAAUAUCACACAAUAUGUAUUUCUCAUGUCUUAAACUUUUAUAUUUGGAGCUAAAACAAAAAGCCAGGGAAGGAAUCAAAGAAAUGCAAGUGAGAUGGGUCAUUAAUCCACUAAAUAGAUUCAUUGUAAAGAACUAAACUGCACUGAAACCAUUGAUCUGAAUGCACACAGCCAUUUAAUUCAAGUCUUGAGAGUCUUGUUUUUUUGGAAGAGCUUUAGAGUUACAGAACUUACUAAAUCAGCUAAUUUCCUCUGCACUGCUUUGGAUUCCAUUCUACAGCCCAAACAUGUUUAAAGACUGUAACCUAACUUUAAUUUUAUUAGGCUUGGCCUAUAACGGGGACAGAUCAGUACUAUCUUUUGGGUUUUACAGUUUUUCCUCUUAAAUGGAUUUUAAGAGGGUUAAGGGUUGAUUCAUUUAUAUAUUCUCACCUCCACUUUUAUUAGUUUCUUUAAUGAAUUAUUAAAGAUUUGAAAGUGAUUGGAAAUUAUCUAACUUUUCAGCUCAAAUCAUAAUGCUGGAGCUUUCCCAGUGUACUUGCUUUUUCUUUUUCCAACACUAUUAUCCUCACUAGGUUAUCAUUAUUUAUAUUUAGAGAAACAUAUCAAAUUAAACACCUUCAGACUUUAAGCUUAAGUUGCUCUGUGUUUGUACAGUGAAACUCCAAGACUUCCAUAAACAAAUAAUGACUGUAAAUUCUGCAUGGAAGGAGAUAAACAAGAACACCUUGUAAAAGUUGAGGGACAGGGCCAUAAUUUGUCUACUGUUGUUACAGUGUGAUCAGCUUGUUUGUUAUUUAUCAUUACUAUUAUUCAUUGCCACUUUCAUUUUGCUUUUGUUUGUUUUUAAACCAAAAAUAUAUGUGUGAGAAAGACGGGGAGUAAAAAAGAUUUCUGUAAGCUUGUAUAUGACGUUCCAGGUUUUGUGUUUUGCAAAUAUGUGUUUUUUCCUCAGUAAACACUGUUGUUCAAGUAAGGCACAGCUGGAAGAUUCUAGAAUCACUAUGUUGUUGGAACACACUGUCAUUUUGUCCCAGACCCUCCUGUUAAACAAAGCUGCAGGCCUUGUUAUUUUCUUCAAAUAACAGAUUCACAAUGAGCUGUUCCUUGAUCCGGGUCCUCUGCAUGCCAGAGCAAUGACCAGCUAGAACAAGGACAAUUUUUGAACUGUUUUCACAAUUUUGGAAUAUGACCAGACACGUAUGCACACGCAAACACAUACAGUUCUUCUCUGCACCAACAACACAGUAAUUCUAGACUUUAAUCAGCAUUAUGUGUACAGGUUAACUACAAUUUGAUAAGGGCAUAGAGAGGACUGAGCCGAAAUGGGCAGGGUAGUUGGUGGGAGGGGGUUUGGUUUGGAUAUUACAUUAUUAUUUUUUUACCUACUGAGUCUGUGUGUGUAGUUGAGAGUGUUCUAAUUAAUAGGUAUGUACUAACUGUCCACUAAACACAUGGACCAUUAGCUAAAAAAACAUCUCUGAACUUGGGGAUGGAAGUUUCCAUUUCAAACACUGGAAAAAGUAUAGUGGCCAGUUUGUAAAAAAGACUCCUCAUCAAUUGUUUUUACUUUUAUCUUAAUGCUAUUUUUCACCUUUACUGGUUUAAUUUUGCAAUAUGUAGCCAAAGGUUCAUGUUUAUCAAUGCAAUGUGAUUUAGUUUAGUUAUGGCCAUUAUUUACAUACCAAGAUAUUUGAGCACGCAUUUUAAAAUAGUGUGAAACAAAAGUGUGUUUUUUAAGGAGGAUAUGUAUGUCUUAACUACUGAAAAGUCAUGUUUUCUACAAUUUAACUGGUCUUGCAAGAAAGAAAAACACUGUUUUAAAUAUGUAUUUGCUUCAAUUGUUUAUGCCUUCCAGGUAUACUUUAUAUUUUGUGGUACGCAUUUGUGAACUUUGUAGUUUGUCAUCGUCUGAUUGAAACUGUGUAGAUUUUAUACUGCUAAAAAAGGAAGAAAACAAAUUUCACAAUGUAAUGUAUGUCUCCGUUUUUUGUCGUUGUGUCAAAAUCGUAAUCUAAAUGCCUCAAUUGCUUAUGUAGCAUGAUAAUUUAGAGGGGGAAAAUCAAUUGAGUAUGUUACACUGUUACUAGUCAUCUAAUUAACACUUUCAUUUAGUUUCCCUUGGGGUUUCUUUACUACCAAUGUAAGUGCAGAUUUAACAGGCUUUUAUCAGUUGCUGCAAAAAAAAAAAAAAAAAAAAAAAAAAGAAAAAACAUGUUGGAACUGUCAGGUACGGAGCUAUAUCGUGUAUGAUCUUGUUAAUCAUUAAAUUAUGUGAACCCCCCCUUGAGGAAUUUCUACAUAUAAAGACAGUAUUACCUUUGAGGACAGGUAUUACACAUUUCCAUUAUUGAAAGACACUUAACUUGGAUGAUUAUGAUAUGUAAUCUGAUAGGUGUGGGGUUUAGAUAUUUCAUCUUUGUGAGAAUGAACCGGCAUAUUUAGGGAUGUAGACCAUACACCUUUUUAAGACUGGCACCAUAUUUAGGGAAAGACAGUCUCUUCAACUGUAUAAAGCUGUUUAAAUAUCCUAAAUAAUAUCUCAUUUUCACGACUCGUGUUUUCUGGAGUUUUUUAAUAGUGGAGUUCUGUAUAUUCUGUGGCAAAAUGUUAUUGACCAUGUAGAUUGCUUCCUUGAUUACAGUGAGCAUUCUAGUUUUGUUGUGUCGCUAAUUUCUUGGCAAAAAAGUUUAUUUAUUACCAUAUCCCCAUGGAUUAAACUGGUAUUUCUGAGGUAUUUUGGGGGAAGCCGAAAAUCGAGUGGUAAUCCUUUCCCCCUUUUUCAAAAAAGCAUUCAAAAAUCAUUACAAAUUAUAUUAUCAAUAUAAAAGCCCAAUCAUGCAGAUUUGCUCUGUAUAACAUGAGGAAGAUCAGACCCUACCUCUCUUUGCAUGCUACACAAUUCCUUGUCCAGGCUCUUGUUAUAUCUACACUGGACUACUGCAGUGCUCUUCUGACAGGACUUCCUGCAUGUACACUCAAACCUCUGCAAUUGAUCCAGAAUGGGUGGCACUAUUGGUCUUCAAUGAGCCCAGGAAAACCUUCAAUGAGCCUUCAUUGAACAGCCCUGAUUGCCAGUGGUUGCUUGCAUUAAGUACAAGGCAUUGAUGCUUGCUUACAGAAUAACCACUGGCUCCGCACCCCCUUAUCUGCACUUGCUAAUUCAAGUCUAUGUGCCCUUCAAAAGCUUGCGAUCAGCGGGUGAGCGGCGCCUAGUGGUUCCAUCUCACAGAGGCACAAAAUCACUUUCACCUCAACUGUUCCUUGCUGGUGGAAUGACCUGUCAAACUCCACCUGAGUAGCUGAUUCUGUAGCCACCUUCAAGAAACAUCUAAAUAUGCAUCUUUUUGGCAAGCACUUGACCCAAUCCUACUAAUGCAAUAACUGUCUUCUUUCUCAUUGUAUUCUUUUACCAGUGUCUCUCACCUUUAACCCUACGUGUGCUUCUUUGAGCAAUUUGCAACUUUGUAUUACAGCACUUCUCAUAUUACUGCCUUCUUAGGAUGAAUUGCUUUUGUUGUAUUCCUCAUUUGUAAGGGGCUUUGAAUAAAAGCAGCUAAAAAAAUGAAUAAGUGUAAAUGUAAAAUAUAAAACACCCAGUCCAUGAUGAAAACAAGCCUAAAUAUUUUUUUCUUUAGGCUAUUAAUAGACUGCUGCAUCAUAGUGUUUUCUCCACAGUGACAACAAAAUACAUACAGUAUAUCAUUUUGUUGGGCAUGACUUUUUAUCCAUCUAUACCAAAAAAGGCAGCAAUAAUAGCCUAAAAUAUAAUUAGGAAUUUUAAAAACGUUUGCCGACUAUGCGGGGGGUACACUGUCUCCUGCUGUUGGUGCCACUCUGAAACGGGGCUGUAGCAAGGUAUUCAAGGACCCCUAAAUGUUUAUUGCUCUGGGCCCCUUUCCUAUUAGAAAAUACAGUUUAGAAUUUUAUGUGGGACCCCCCUGGACCUGUGGGCCCCUAGAAUUGUUACCACCUUUCAUCCCACUACGGCCCUGCUCUCAAAUAUGCCGCCUCAAACAAUGAGCAUCUGAUUUUUUGAGCAAGUACACUUGAUAAAUAGAGACCAAAUUUGUCAAGUGGCUAAAUUAAAACUGGACUGGAGUGUAAAAGAAAUUGAAUCGAUUGACCAAAAAGCUGCCAGGUUUUUUUUUUUUUUUGCUUCUUCUUUGAAUCGAAUGUUACGGAAUGCCUUUCCGCUGUUCCGUGUCAUAAUGAAAUAGAACUUUUCAGCUUGUAGUUCAAAAACCUGGAAGAGAAUUUGCCAUGGGAUCCCUCUGGAUUUUCCUAUGGGUUUUUAUACUGAUAAAAUACAACAGUACUAAAAACAAGUUUAAUUAAUUCAUUAUAUUUAGUUCAUUCAAACUAAACAGGUCAAGUCCAAAUUGUUUAAAUCAAACAGUUUUGUUAAUUGUAUGAUCUGUUGUCUCUACAAGACUUCUUAAGUUGAAAAAAUUUAUAUUUAUAUAUCAAUGUAACUUGAGUCAAAGCAGAAAGUUAACACAACUAAGUUAAAUUGAGUCAAUGCAAAUUCUUUAAAUUAAAUGUUAAAUUAACUUGUCUGGGCUUACAGUGCACAGUUAUACCUCAAACGUGAAAGAUGUAUUGAUUUACUUUAAAAAAAACAAAAAAAACAAAAAAAAACAAACAGACACACACACUGCGGCUUUAAAAUUCACGUUUGAGGUAUGACUGUGUGUAAAUUAUGUUGUAGAACAAAACGUCUACAUAUCGUAAGUAACUUUAACCACAGACCUUAUUUUACACAUUAAAAACCCCAUUAUAAAAACCCAUAGGAAAAUCCUGAGGGAACCCAUGGCGAAUUAUUAUUAUUAUUUUAUUUUAAUUAUUAUUUAUUUAUUCAUUCAUUUUUUAUUGAUGCUCAAAACAGUACAUAAGUAAUAACAGUCACCCAUGGCGAAUUAGACUUCCAGGGUUGCCUACAAAUUGACGUCACAGCUGAACAACUCUAUGAGUCCCCACCUGACAUCAUAGCAAUUCCAUUGGCUCAUAGAUAUUUUAAUAGUACUGUAUUCACUACCUAAGUAGAAAUCCUACACAAUCCUUAGCCUACAACUUUGUAAAUAAGACAUUUAAUGACUUUUAAAUCAUAAGUUACACAUAAUAGUUUAUAACCAAAUCUGUAGAUUGUGAAAUUAAUAAUUUAUUGUUCUGUUUUUCAGUUAGCUUACAAUUUGCAAACUAUCUGCAACAGAAUUACUGAACCACCAAAUAUAUUACAUAUAUACACACCUUACAAUCUUAUAUGCCCACAAGCAAUUAUGAGGGACCCUCUGUCAAUGACAUUUCUGUGCAGUCAAUAUAUUUAUUUUUCCCCAAAAUAAAUGUGUCCUGAGCAGGUUUUACAUUUAAGAACGAUAAGCUAAAACCAACUUCCUUAAAACAUGUGUUUAAUGCAUGCAUGUUUUUUUUAAAAUAAAUAUGUUCAUUAUUUAUGUAAAGCCAGUCAAGUUAUUUUCACAUGUGUAGCGCUUAUCAUAAUUACAAACCGUAAAGCCAAUCCCCCUCCUGCAAGCCCUCGUGUUGAAGGUUAAGAUGGUCGAGUCUUAAAACAUACCUAGACAGCAUUUUGGGGCAUUUCACACAUAUUUCAUAAAAAGCUCUGCUUCACCCCGGCCUUGGCCAUUCUAGCAUCAUCCUGCCACAUUUUUCCACAUAUCCCUUUACAUUUUUGCAUGCAAAGGGAUAUAGAUACUAGAAUGCCUGACACUGCCUCUGGUGUGAUUAAAACUAUUUGCUUGCACUGUCCACAUGAGUUUGAGGAAUGAGACAGAUAUAGGCAAAUAGCAUUUGCAGAUGCUUCUGAAGUCAUUGAUUUUGACAGUCACUAACAUAAGCUCAGUCACCUGCCAGGCCAAAGCAUUCUUUUUGCACAGAGACAAAUGCAUUUGAAUGCUGUUUGAUAUAGAGAUGACAAGAAGAUAAAAGGGAAUUUGAAAUCAUAAUUGCUGGAAAUACAAAAGAAAUAGGAAUGGAAGUAAGUUCUGUGUUCCAAUGUAGGGUUCAGGUGAAUAAGCCAAGCUUCUUAGGACAAUUUUUAGAUCCAUUUAUUUUUGUAGAAAGAACUGGAAAGGAUGAUUGGAGAAUUAUUUAAAUUAUGAGACAGAGAAAAUGUGAGUGAGUCAACUUUAUUGGAUGCUCUCAGGCACAUUGUUAUGCAUUUCAUUUAGUGAACAGAAGACACUAUGUCUGGAUCCAUUUAAUUGAUUUUAUGAUGAUUGUCCCUCAUCAAAACAAGUGGCUAUCCAUCUUUCCCCCAAUACCGAUCCACUCUGUGCAUCUUGUUAGUAUGUGAGUGAUUAUCCCUUUCAUACUAUUGUUGAAAGUAUCCUGAUUUCAGAAAAAAUAUAUAUGUAUAUAUAUUGUGAAGAGUUAGUUUUUCAGAUGAGUUCAGAUAACCCUGCCUGAACUUGAAUUAUGCCACUUAAAGUUCAUCCCAAAAUGGAAAUUCUCUCAUCAUUUACUCACCCUCAUGCCAUCCCAGAUGUGUAUGACUUACUUUCUUCUGCUGAGCACAAAAGAUUUUUUUUUUUUUUUCUCAGCCCUGUAGGGCCAUACAAUGCAAGUGAAUGGUUGCCAGAACCAAAGAGCAGAUAAAGGCAGCAUAAAAGUAAUCCAUACAAAUCCAGAGGUUAAAUACAUAUUUUCAGAAGCGAUAUAAUAUAGGUGGGUGAGAAACAGAUCAAAAUGUAAGUCAUUUUUUUACUAUAAAUUCUCCUCCCUGCCCAGUAGGUGGCAAUGUGCUCAAAGAAUGCAAAUUGCCAAAACACAAAAGAAGAAUGUGAAAGUGAACAUUUAUAGCAAAAUAAAUAAAAAUAAUAAUAAUUUAAAUAUUGAUCAGUUUCUCACUCACACCUAUUAUAUUUUUUCUGAAGACAUGGAUUUAACCACUGGAGUCUGAAUACUGUCAUGCUGCCUUUUUUUGCUUUUUGGACCUUCAAAGUUCUGAUCACCAUUCACUUGCAUUGUAUGGACCUACAGAGCUGAAAUACUCUUCUAAAAAAUCUUCGUUUGUGUUCAGCAGAAGAAAGUAAGUCACACAUCUGGGAUGGCAUGAAGGUGUGAGUGAUGAGAGAAUUUUCAUUUUGGGUGAACUUCCCCUUUAAAUCAGAUCUGAUCAAUUAUUGUUCUGAUCAUUGGAUCACUUCUUAGGAAUGUCUUUCUCUUAUUAUGCAUUGAUUUUUACCUUCUUUAUAGCACAGAGCAGCUUCUGUCUCCUUUGUGAUGUGUAGCCAUGUCAUUUAACCAGUCAAAUAUACACUACUAUUACACAGCACUCUGGAAUACUUGAUUCUAAUUAGUCAAUCGUGGAAAUCUGCAGUCAAAUAUUUCUGUAUAAUGACCACUAAACUGUAUAACUGACCAUUGUUAUAAUUGACUGUGCUAGUUCCAUGUCUCUUGUAGCACUCUUUCUCAUUCUUCUCACAUAAUGAAAUAUGCACAUCCUAAAUUAGAAUGUGUAGAAUGUUUUAAUACAUUUAUUUAUGUACAAAGUUUUGGAUUGCACAGAGAAUAACUUUCAAACUGUUGGUAAUGGUGUGAUUGUGUGCUUAUACUGUAUGAAGACAGACAUGAAGCAGCAAGACAAUCCUGCUGAUAGGAAAUGUAGCAGCCCGGUUCAAUAAAACAAUUGAUCUUUCA